AUGAGCAGGGUUCACGAGCACAACAAGUCCGGCAGAAAAACGAAGGUGAAAAUGGGUAAAGAUAAAAUAUUUGGAUCAUCGACGUCAUUGAAUUCGAGUAAAAGGAAGAGUGAUAUAGUUAUUCCAGAAGAGCUUUCAUUAGAAGAAGUGAAAACGAAUGAUGGGAUCAGUGUAACUUAUUUGAGAAUUUACUGUGAAAAGAUUCGUCCGGGUGAUCACUUCAAAACACUGAAAGUCUAUGGGACAACAACUGCCGAGCAAUGCGUGAAGGAACUUACGGAAAUGUAUUCAACGCGGAUUGCCAGUCCGGAUGAAGUUGCUCUUUACGAGGUGAUUGGACGAAUUGAGCCCGUCUCUUCGGCAGUGCUAACCCAAGACUCUUUGCUGGGCUUUUCUGAGGUUCGUUGCCGACUCAUUGAACCCCAGGAAACUGUAAAAUCAAUAUUUUCUGGAAGCCGUGCCGGUGUUGGCUUAUCCCGUCGUAUUGAAAUACGUAGAUUGGAUUAUCCCCAUACAUCUUUCCCGGCGGCUGCCGGUACAAGAGUGCCGACACCAACGCCGAGUCCAAGACCCAGGAGCGCAAACAAAGACCUUCCCCCAUCAGACAGACGUCGUUCCAGUACAGAGUCUAACACCUCAAUUUCUGGUAUGCCUAUGAUUCGUCGAUCAAUGACACCCGCUGGAAGUAGUUUCACCCUUCGAGAUUCCCGUCGAAAGUCUAAAUAUCGCAUCCCUCAUGGACCACAUCUGACACUUAUACGGGGUUUGCAGCCCAAGUGUGAUCGACCUCUUUGGGAUCUAACCCCCAUCAUUCAAAAGAACCGAACGCGUUCAGAAAUGACAAUAGGCACACGAGAAGAUGCGUCUAUAAGGACAUAUGAUUCCCCGGAUGAAAAUCUGUGCAAACAGUCUGUACCUAUCAUUUUUGCCAAACUGGUAGCCUACGACUAUCCACUCACAAAUGACGGUUCUCUGGAACAUACAGGUGCCAUAUUCAUUGAACCGUAUAUCAACGAACGAAUCAAUGGUCACAUGGCAGAAUUUCCGCAAGUUCCGCCAAUAUACAUUAAUGAGGAUUUGAUCAAUCCGGGACCGAAUUUAUCUUUUGACAAACGGCUUUUGCACCCUGGAGACUUCAUAUAUUUUGGCCCCAAACAACAGGGCUAUGUGUUCUUGUUCAAGGAUCCUCGCUGGAUUCCCGAUCAUCGCUUGGAAAUUAAUACACCACUGACCGGGUCUAAUAUGGGCUCUACAAUGACCCUGGGUCGCAUGAACAGUAUAACCAUGCGCAACGGGAAUGGGACCGGAAACGGUCGGAAUGCAAUUCAAUCGGAUCGAUCCAGUGAUACCGACUCAUCGUUUUCACGGCCUCGCACAACCGGAAAUGGAAUGUUCCCCACCGAUCGCUUGCCACGUCUAGCCAAUCUUCGUCAAACCCUGGCUCCACUGUUCCCACAGCUACAUGCAAGUCGAUCGCAUCAGUAUGCCCCGAUGGAUCCACUUGAAUCACCACGUUGGUCUCGGACAGAACCGUGGCGUUCGGCCGGAUUUUUCGCACACCUGGUUCGCACAGCAGCUGGCUACAUCAUUCAAAAUAACCCGCAAAUCCCAAAUCGCGAUGUGGAGGAACGAGAUCCGAAACUGAUUCAGGACUAUGCAAUUAACUAUGUGAAGGAUAUGCGUUCUUUGAUGAUUGAAUUCUGUCAAACGCUCAGAGCGAAAAACCCGGAUUUGGUCGUCCCAGAACUGUGGUUCAGUCUGUUCUGCUACAAUGUGGCGAUCUAUCUCUCCCCUGGCUGGCUUACCAAUAGCACUGGUGGACUCAGUCGUCGCACGUCCCGUAAUGAUCGAUUUCGUUCACAGCCCUGGGACGGUUCGGAAAGUGCGACAUCAUCACCAAAUUCGAAUUCAGACAUCCAUGGUAAUGUGGAGUCCUUACAGGUGGUCAGUGAUCUUCGGGAUUCCGCGUAUCAGAUAGCCACGGAAAGCAUCAAUUCCGUGGUACGAACUGCGUUUGAGGAACUACCCCCCUAUUUGAAGAGCUUCCUAAACGGACCCAACUCAUCCCCCAUCAGCGCAAAUACAUUCUUUCCGAACAACAUAGUGAAUUUUCCAGAAUUGCGUCAUCGAUUAGGCAAACUGGCCAACUGCUUCCAAGUCGCGUUUUAUCCUACCGGGAUGGGUGAAGUUGAUGUGGCCGCAUCCACUGCCUCGUCUCCGUUCCACACGGGUAGUAUGGAUAGUUCAAACAUGAUGCUGGACAACCUACCGGAACAACGCACUUGGCGAGCAAAUGGGACACGGGGUCGUCAGCAAAGGGGAUUCAAUCCGAUGGACCAAAGUGAUCACAGUCUUUCACCCGGAUCAGAAAGUGAUCAUGGGGACCAAGGGACUUUGUACGAUGCGAGUCAAUUAAGACAGUCGAAUCAGAGCAGUGUGUGGAACAGUGCGUCCGAACGCGGCUCAAUCGACACAGCUAGCCGCAUUGAGGCGGUGGUUUGGCGUCACAUACUGGCCGGUGUAUCCCAUCAUUUACUUUACACUCUCGUAUCGAACGACUCUAUCCCAAUUGACUGGGAAACCGGUGAUAAAUUACUUCGUGGAAUCAACUGGCUCUACGAUUGGCUCCGAUCGCAACAUCUGGAAGCCCAUCGACGUCCGUUGAAUAUGGUGGCCGAUUUUGCUAAUCUGCUCGCAACACCACGGGAACAGCUGUUCAAGAUGUCCUGGAGUGGAAUGCGCUCAAUCUAUCCUCAAAUCCCUCCUACAUUGCUCAAAUUCCUCUUGGACGAGUAUGAGGCGGAUGGGGAUAUCAAGGACAUGCCAAAUUGGCGAGUCGACCAACGCGAUGCGAAUGAAGCGGACGAAGACGCUUUGGAAGUGCUUGAUCGAGUGAUGAAUACGUGGCGUUCAAAAGAGUCGCUACUCUAUUCGAAGACGCAUUAUCAGACUGCACCGAUCUACCGACCGAGGGAUUUGUGGGAUUUGUUCAAUCUGUCCACUACGGUGGAGGUUGCCAGGCGUUGGGACAUCCAACUGGAAUCACAACGCAUUGAAUUCCGUUGGCUUGCUCUAAUGCAAUACAGUCCCGGAGCUCGGGCCAUCCCGCUAAUGCCAGAGGCUGAUCAGGACACACUGAGUCGACCGCAAUCAAGACAGCGUCAAGCCACCGGUCGACGUUCUCGUGCAGCAAAUGGGCAACAACAACCACUACGUGCCAGUGGUCCAUCGCCUUUUCCGCGUAGAGACUUGACCAAAUCAAAUCCGAAUUUGUAUUAUCAUUCGGAUGAUUAUCCAACCAAUAAUAUGCAAAUCGAUUGCCGUCGUAAAGAACAUGAGAUUGUAGUGCCUGGGGUUGGUGGACGUGAUGGUCUGUCUGAUCGAUUGAAACCUGCUCCGUCUAAAGGUGAACCAGUACGGAUUAUUCGAACGUAUAAUAAUGAUCAACAACCGGAGCGCACAGUGAUUGUUCCGAAGGAAACGCCCAAAGACCCGCGGGACGCUGCGCUAUACCACCUGGAAGGUCUUGCUGCAUCCCUUCCACACGUGGACUUUUCGGAAAUUCUAGCCCGAUACCAGCGACAAGCUUCCACACCCGGUGGUCCUAAAUCAUCAUUUCCCAAUCGAGAACCAAUGGCUCCAAGGGAACCGUCUGUGUUCGAGAGUCAGCCGAAUUUCAAUUUCUCACGACCCAACCAACCUGAAGUGAAUGGAUACUAUGGGAACUAUCCGAAAAACUCACCUGCUGCUACCGAAUAUUCCCACAUGACUCCGUUGAACAAAACAUUGCAACCAACUAAUCGAUUGGCACAAAGUCUGUGGCAUCUACCCAGUGAAGAACCCCCAACCGCAACUCGUGAGAUCACAAAAGCACAAAACACCUAUGGACAUCAAGUAUUGGCCGCCUCACAGAACUGGGAAGAUUUUCGGAUGAACACUCUUCGACGAGGAAUGGAUCGUAUUCGUGGACCGAAUACGGGCUCCAGUAUGCUUAUUCCACGACACCCGAUGCACAGUAUGGUCAGUGCCAGUUUGGGAAAUCUGCACGCUGUACUCAAUCAGCCCCAGACUCCAAAUAUCAUCGUUGAAGAGCCCACUGGCGGUAGUUCUGGUUCCCUGGCUGACUCCUUCCUCGAUCGGGAAUCGAAUGCAAUGAGCCGUAUGGAUGACCUGGGGGAUGUGCUCGCUCGAUCGACUCAGGGAGCUAUGAUAUCCAACGUCACUUUGGUCCGGUCACCGACAAGUGGUUUUGGUCUCACUUUAGUCGAUGGUGAACGCACCCUAUUGGAUCAGCCGGGAGUUUUUGUCAAAGGAGUAAACCCGAACAGCCCGGCGUCCGAGAAUGGCGAGCUGGAUUUGGGUGAUCGUAUCCUGGCAAUCAACGGAAUCGAUCUGACCGGAUUGACCUAUAAAGAAUCGCUAGCCAUGCUCAAAAACUGCGGCUCACAGGCCACAUUCACCGUGCGACAUUCGGAUGUGAGCAAUCCAAAUUUGUUGCUGGAGCGCAAGAAAAGUUGA